CUUGUUACAUUUUCUCGAGUCUCGUCUCCAGAAACAAACAACAAGAAAAUGAGUGGCCGCGGAAAGACCGGAGGAAAAGCCCGAGCUAAGGCCAAGACCCGCUCCUCUAGAGCCGGACUCCAGUUCCCGGUGGGCCGUGUCCACAGGCUGCUGCGCAAAGGCAACUAUGCUGAGCGGGUCGGUGCCGGAGCCCCCGUCUACCUGGCCGCUGUGCUCGAGUAUCUGACCGCUGAGAUCCUGGAGCUGGCUGGGAACGCGGCCCGCGACAACAAGAAGACCCGCAUCAUCCCCCGUCACCUGCAGCUGGCCGUCCGCAACGACGAGGAGCUCAACAAGCUGCUGGGUGGAGUCACCAUCGCUCAGGGUGGAGUGCUGCCCAACAUCCAGGCGGUGCUGCUGCCCAAGAAGACCGAGAAGGCCGCCAAGGCUAAAUAAACCUGAUGCUGCUGCUCAGCAACAAACACACAACGGCUCUUUUAAGAGCC